UCGACCGCAGAAUUAAAUGAUUCGUAUGAUUAUGUAGUUGUUGGGGGUGGUACCUCAGGGCUCGUUGUUGCGAAUCGUCUGAGUGAGGAUCCUUCUAAAACAGUGCUGGUCAUUGAAAUUGGAUACAUCGCCGACGAAUCUUUGACAGCCUCAACUGACGCGUACAACUAUGAAGUAUCCAGUGUGCCUCAAACAGAGAUAGUUAACCAAGCCAUCUACAGAUAUGCAAUUGGCGCUGUUGUGGGUGGCAGCUCCGCUGUGAACGGCAUGGUGUUCGAUCGAGGCUCCAGAGCAGACUACAAUGCAUGGGAAGAGUUAGGCAAUCAAGGCUGGGGAUGGGACGGCCUGUUACCGUACUUUAAGAAAAGCGUCGAUUUCACGGCCCCCAGCGUAGAGGAUGCGGAAAAGUUUGGAUAUACGUGGGACGAGAGCGCUUGGGGGGAUGGGCCUGUGCAGGCUUCGUAUCCGUCAUUUCAGUGGCAAACUGUGCGAACUUCUUGGGACGCAUGGGCCGACAUGGAAAUCCCGCUGAUAAAGGAGCAUGCGUUGGGUGAUGCAGUCGGUCGCUUCUGGGUGCCUUCAUCCGAACAUCCAGUCAAUCGAACUCGAUCGUACGCGCGAUACGCCUACUAUGACCCAAUCGCGACUCGACCGAACUAUCAUCUCUUGGUUGGUCAUAAAGCGGAGAGUCUGGUCUUGUCGCCCAAGAACGAUGCAGAAGGAGUACUCUUCUAUCAGCGGGAUAGCCCUGGCGAGAAGAAAAAGGUGAAAGCAAAGAAAGAAGUGAUUCUAGCAGCUGGUGCCGUACACACUCCACAAGUCCUACAGCUCAGUGGCAUUGGGCCGAAGGCUGUUUUGGAGGCUGCUAACAUCAGCAUCAAAGUCGAUGCUCCAGGUGUGGGUAACAACUUCCAGGAUCACCCACAAGUGUACCUAACGUGCAACUUCACGACGGACGUCUGGCCCAAUCCUGGCACACUUGCGAACAACGCAACGUUCCGCGCAGAAGCCCAAGCCCAGUACGACACCAACAAAACCGGUCCCCUCACCCAAGCACUAAACGCCGCCUUCGUCUUCCUCCCACUCAACACCAUCCACUCUUCACCCUCGACCUUCCACUCCCAGCUCCAAGCUCAGGACCCCUCGGCUUACCUCGCGCCCAACCUCUCCACCCGUGUCCUAGCAGGCUAUGCAGCGCAAAGGCGCAUCCUAGCAAAGCUAUACAAUUCAUCCGACGCAGCAGUGUACGAGAGCCCCUUCGGCGGCGCAUGUUCGCGUAGCACGCUUCUCCAGAAACCCCUUUCACGAGGCCAUGUGCACAUCAACGCAAGCGAUCCGUACGGCGAGCCCGCCGUUGACUUCCGGGCUUACACGAACCCACUGGAUAUUGAGCAGGGCAUCGAGUCUCUCAAGUACACGCGACAGUACCUGCGCAAUGCCAAGUUUGCCUCGCUUACACCGGUAGAGAGCGCACCGGGACCGGCUGUCAAGGAUGAGGAUACUGCAGCGUUGGAAGCGUAUGUGAGGCUGACGGCUGGGCCGACGAGUUUUCAUGCGAGUGGGACGACGGCGAUGAUGCCGCAGGAGUUGGGUGGAGUAGUAGGGAGUGAUUUAAAGGUGUAUGGCGUAGGGAAGGUGAGUGUUGUGGAUGCGGGAAUUAUGCCGCUGAUACCGAGCACGCAUUUGAGUGCGACUGUCUACGCAAUGGCAGAGAAGGUGAGAUAGACUUGAUUGCCUGUCGACGGUGAAUGAGCUGACGCUGGUGCAGGCUGCCGAUAUCAUCAAGAAUCGGGCAUGAGCGAACGUUGG